AUGACUUUACCACAUAAUUUAUCAACAUUUUGGUCACAAAUUGUUCCAGCUGGAAAGGAUGCGUUUUUAGAAGGUCCAAAUGAUAAAGUUAUUACGAUUACAAACGCUGUUAUUCCAGAUGUUCAAAAUGAUACUCCAAAAGAAGCAGUAAGAUUAUUUGCAACUGUUAACACUCUUAGAUUAGAUGAAGAAGAGGAAGAGAAAGCUGAAGAAUCCACAAAUGAUAAAGAAGACAAUUUUUAUAUCACUGAUGAAACAUUAAUUGCAUCUCUUGUUCCAUUUACACACGAAAAUCAAGAAUUGUCAAUUGUAUUUACAACAGCAAAUAUCGUUAAAUUCCAUAACAAAGGCAAAUUAGAUGUUCAUCUUUCUGGUUAUAUUGUUGAUUAUUAUGAUGAUAACUUCGACGAGUACGAAUAUGUAGACGAGGAGGAAGAAGCUGCAGAAAAAAAAGAAGAAGAACCAGAAAAUCCAGAUGAGCCUUUAACUCCAGAUUUAAUACAAAACAGACUUGCAAAAGCUGCAAAGGCUAUGGGACCAAGACAAAUUCAAAAGAAAAAGCAGAAUAAAGGUAACAAACACAAGAGGAAACAUCGUAAUGAAGAAGAAGAAUCCAAAGAAAAAGCUGAAGAGUGA